ACACAAGAAGAAGAGGAAGAAGAAGACGAUGCUGUCCAAUCAGAUGCCGCUAAAGCGAGACACCGCCAAGAUCAGAUUGUGAGACGCGCUGCUGCAGAGAGGCUAGCAGAGAGUGGAUAGAAAAGGCUAACACACAACUUGCUAACUUGUGAAGUGCACCGGGUCUGAAUAGUGACAAAUAGAAGAAAAUUUUCUUUUUAAACUGAAGCUCAACUUCCCCGGUCCUUUGGGAUCAUGGCUAAAGAUGCUGGUCUGAUUGAAACAAAUGGAGAGCUGAAGGUUUUCAUCGAUCAGAAUCUGAGCCCCAGUAAAGGUGUCCUGUCUUUGGUUACUGUCCAGCCUACAGCUGCCCCUGUGGCCAAACAGCUACUACCCAAAACCCUUGGGCCAUCCAAUGUGAACGUUGCUGCACACAUGCAUGUGCCACACAUGGUGAUUGGAACACCUCAGAGGCCUACGGUAUCCAAUACCAUAUUGGUAAACAGUCCACAUACACCCAGUUCCCAGUUCCUCACUCAGAGUCAACCAUCCGAUGCCUCUCCUUGGUCAUCAGGAAAGCGUGGUAAGAAAGGAGAAAAGAAUGGGAAGGGCUUGAGGCAUUUCUCCAUGAAAGUGUGUGAGAAAGUGCAGAAGAAAGGCGUAACCACCUACAAUGAAGUGGCAGAUGAACUGGUCGCAGAAUUCAGCUCUACAGACAACCACAUGUCACCCAAUGACUCACACGUGUAUGACCAGAAGAACAUUCGGCGGCGUGUGUACGAUGCACUUAAUGUGCUCAUGGCCAUGAACAUUAUCUCUAAAGAGAAGAAAGAAAUCAAGUGGAUCGGCCUGCCCACCAACUCAGCACAGGAGUGCCAAAACCUAGAGGUGGAGAGACAAAGGCGGCUGGAGAGGAUUAAGCAGAAACAGUCACAGCUUCAGGAACUCAUACUACAGCAAAUAGCUUUUAAGAACCUUGUUCAGCGGAACAGACAGACAGAGCAGCAGGCAAACAGACCUCCACCUCCCAACUCCAUCAUCCACCUUCCCUUCAUUAUUGUCAACACCAGCAAGAAAACUGUCAUCGACUGCAGUAUCUCCAAUGACAAGUUCGAGUAUUUGUUCAAUUUUGACAGCAUGUUUGAGAUCCACGAUGACAUCGAGGUCCUGAAACGUAUGGGCAUGGCUUGUGGUUUGGAGGUGGGAAAGUGUUCUCCAGAGGAUCUGAAGGUUGCACGUAGCCUGGUGCCCAAAGCCCUGGAGCCCUACGUUAUAGAGAUGGCAAAGGGUCCCAUCAGUAAUGUCUACAUCACUGGAGGAUCCUCUGCUAAUGGAGCCCGUUACCCUGCAAGCAGUGAUGGUUGCACCGACGGCACCAUGGCCUCCAGCUCUAAUGACUCUCACUACAGUGGGUCUCGCGUGGAGACUCCAGUGUCUUACAUGGGGGAUGAGGAUGAUGAGGACGAGUACGACGAGAACGACGAUGAAGAUUAGCCUGUCUACGCCUCGCCACUCCAACAAGCACAGUCCUUCAAACCACCUUUCACCGUGGGAAUUUAGUCCCCCUUCUGUGUGUGCUACUUCAACCUUUUUCCCCUGUUUCCCAUGCCUGUAUUUCUGUCUGGCUUUUCUCAGGGGUGUAGAUGAAUAUUGAGAGAAUUGGGGUGUUAUCCCCAGUUUUUUUUUUUUUUUCUGCUCCUGAAUCACGUGCACCUGCACCGCAGCUCUGGGGGAGGUGUCGUCCAAGGGAACUGUAGUCUGUGGCCUGACCUCAAAGCUGAAGUCUUUGUAUGUCUAAUUCACUUUUCAAUAAGCCAUCCCACUAAAAAAAACUCUAUAAAACCUACUGCUGUUGGAGAAUGUAUAAUGUACUUGUUUGAAUAGUUAUUCCUAUUAUUUUGCAAUUACAUAUGGCAGACAUGAUGAUGAUGAUGAUGAUGAUCAAAUGUUCCAAGGUGGCCAAAGUGUCUGCUUGAACAUGCUGUGUUUGUACACCACCAUGAAUUCUGAAUGGCUUAAUACAGUUGCCAUGGCAUCCUAGGAUGGGGCUCCAUCACAUGUGUUGAUACUUUUUGUUUUGUGUUCUGGGCAAUAAUUUUAAAUAGUUUAUCCCUCAUUAUGUUGGGCUGGCUUCCUUCUGUUCUGUAGGCAGCUGCUUUCCUGAUCUUGUUUGCUAGGUUUUUUUUUUGUUUUUUUUGUAUUCUGGAGUUGAGGAAUUCUUGAUCACCGCCCUGUAACGCCUUGGUAGUGUUUACAAAAAAAAAAAAUGGCACCAGCAAGGUAAAGACUUUCAUAACCCAGGCUCCUGAUAGGUAAAUAAGCUUUGUUAAUUACGUAUAUGACUCCUAUUGACGAUUGUAGCUUAUAGUAUCCUUUAGAGGCCAGUGGUAAAGAUACUAGACCUUCAAAAAUUGAUGUAACAAAUGUGUGGUUGUAUAGGUCUUUGUGUAUUCCCUUCAAAGAUCUCCCUUUUAAAACUGAGCAACACAUGUACUGACUCUUCCAAAUACCUUUUCUGUAAUCUAAUAUAAGUUUUCAAAUUAAAUAUAGAUUGUUUUAAAAGUUUG